AUAUAUGUACUCUGAUAUCAAUACUACCAAUUUUAAGAAAAGUAAAAGUUGAAAUGCAGUUAACCUAUAUUUUACUGCUGAAUUAUUUAAAAAACAAAUUAACUGAUCGAUAAAUGGCUUAUCUUAUCUUGUGUAGCGAUUUUUGAAAGCUCAAUUAAAAUUGCGUAGUAUUUGGAUUAACUUGUAACUUUAAGUACAUCAAAUUUCGUUUACAAUGUUAAUUUCGAGGUUAUCAGAACAAGUUUAUAAAAAGUUAUUUCAUGUGCAGAAUAAAACAAAGAGAGGUGCACAAUCUGCUAGAGAUGUACUUAUAAGUGGCGGAAUUAUUAUUAUUAGUGGGAUCGUUAUUGUUUGGUUAUCUGUGUUUCUUUACACAGCAUUUUAUUAUGCCUAUGUACCGAGCAUCUCAUAUGUACGGCCAGUGCAUCUGCAAUUCAAAUCAUGUAAUGAAGAAAAAGGGAUUUGUAGCUUUCCAUCAGCAUAUGUGCAAUUAACAAAUAAACAACAGCUUUUAAUGGUUGGCCAGCCAUAUAAAGUUAAUUUACAUCUAGAAAUGCCAGAGUCACCAGCCAAUAAAGCACUUGGUAUGUUCAUGGUUUGUGCUCAAUUACGCAGCAGAGAUGGUUUUCUCCUAGAACAUGCAUGUAGAUCUACCAUGUUACAUUACCGUAGCACAUUAUUACAUGCACUUACAACACUUACAUUUUCACCUAUGAUGAUUUUUGGCACUACAGAGGAAAAACAAAAUAUAGUUCUUGAAUUAUUUGAUAAUUUCGAAGAAAACCAAAAUCAUCCAGUUACAAUUAUUUAUAUCGAAAUACAAUCAAGACAUAUUGAAUUUUACUCUGCAAGUAUUACGAUAAAUGCACACUUAUCGGGUCUACGCUAUUUAAUGUUUCAUUGGCCGAUUCUAUCUGGUAUUGUUGGCAUCGGUACAAAUUUGUUUUUCAUAGCACUUGUAUGUACCCUUUGCUAUCUUCAUUUUACCAUUUAUGAAGACUCUGGAGAUGAUGGUUUCAAUUAUGAAGAAGGUAAAAAGGUUGAAGAAAAACAAGAAUAUAACAAAGAAUUAAAUACAGAAGAAGAAAGAGAACAUAAAGCUACAAAUGAUCGUAAGUUACUUGUUGAGUUAUAUUCUUUUGAUAAAUUAAGUAUAAUUGAACUGACUUAUUUUUUAAAGAAUCAUCACAUUCGUCAUCAUCAGAAGGUAUUGCUGCAUCUUAUAUAGUACAACAUCUUGUUAAGUCUACAAAAGAAUCUCACCCCUCUCGUAUUGAAUUAAUAAAAUAAUCUACAUUCCAUAAUGCAAAUUAUAUGACAAUAUUAUAUGUGUACAAACGUAGCUUAUAAGUGUAAUUGAAAAAAAUAUAUGUACAUUAUAAAAAUAUUUAUUUUUCUGUACUUAAAUAUUUUAUUUACUUCUAUUGUAAUUGAAGUAUAUUAAAAGUGUUUAUGAUA